UGUCAUCUUUUAUUGUUAUUAUCCUCUUAACAAGACUGCAUGGCCCCUUUGUUGCAAUUGUAUCUUUGAAUAUUUGCUCAAUACAAACGACUGGUAGAUGAAAGGUCAGUUCACCAAACAAUUAAGAUUCAUCCUCUGAAAAAGAUUCAAAAACAUAACUCUGUUAAACUCAGUUUUCCAUUAAAGACACAAAACACGACUAUUGUUUACAUUGCUUCCGGUGACCGCGCUCCUUUAAGAAGGAGCCACGUGGUCUCGUCGGCACGCGUCAUACCCGGAAGUAAAGCGACCCCAAUGCUGUUUUCAUUUCCCUUGGACUGGUACAGGAACGUCACCUGAACCAUGAACAUGCCUCACUCGUGGGGCAAGAAGCGACCCAUUUCCCUCCCGUGUACUGGAAAGUGAUAAUAACUACUACUGGUCGUCAUUAAAACCAGUAGUAGAUACAUACAUAUCGUUGUAGCUAGUUUAUUAUAGCUUUAAUCCAGGUCGCUUCUCUAUUUACCCUUCCUCGUGAAUGUUGACAUGUAAGCUCGAGUAAUUUAUUAACUUCUAUUUUGCGAAAGGGUGUUUCGUAAAAACACGACGGCCACAUGGACAAAGUCUCCUCCUGGACUGCGCUAACAGCCGUUUGACACGAUGGCCGCCGUCGGAGCGAGAGCAGCCCUCCUCAACCUGAGGCGCGCCAUCCAGAGAGCGGGUUCCUUUCCCAGACUCGUGCACAGCUCCAGGCCAUGUUUCCUUCGAAGAGGGAGGAUUUUAACCCACAUCCCCAAGGUCACGCUGCUGUGUUGGGGUGCAGUCACUGCGUCGUCCUGGGCCGCAGCCACGUGCCAGGAGGCGACUCUCCCCGCGCGUCACCCCGCGGACAAGAAGUCUCUCGCCAAAGUCCAGGUGCACCGCGUUGUGUUUCUCCUCCGCCUCGGCCUUCGCGCAUUGGUGCUGCUCCUCAAGUUCGGCCCCCUGCUCCUGCUGUGCCCCCUGGCCCUGGUGUCCACGCGCUGGGCCUCCCUCUGGCUGGACGCCCUGCUGUGGGUGACUGCGAGAUCUGGUCCCACUUUCAUCAAGCUGGGUCAGUGGGCCAGCACCAGGCGGGACAUCUUCUCUCUGGACUUCUGCGAGCGCUUCUCCACCCUCCACGCGAGGGUGCGCCCGCACUCCUGGGCCCACACCAAGCGGUGUCUCCGCGGGGCUUUCGGGGACGGCUGGAGGAGGGUUUUGAUGUUCGAGAGCAAAGAGCCGGUGGGUUCGGGGUGCGUGGCACAGGUGUACAGAGGCUGGGCCAAGGCGGACCAGGUGGAGGACCCGGCCUUCCGGUCUCUGGUGGAGGAGAUGGAGAAGGAAGACUUGCUGGAAGCCUGGGAGAUCCCCGGUCUGGGAGGGGUGGCCAGAUCCCUCUGGCAGCUCUGGAGGGGGAGCGAGGAGGAGGAGGACUUUGGGGAGAGAAGUCAUCCAGAAGGGCUGAGCAGCGCCGAGAAGGAGCGGCUGAUACCGGUGGCUAUCAAGGUGAUCCAUCCAGGCAUCAGGAAGCAGGUGGAAAUCGACAUCACGCUGAUGAAAGCGGGGAGCUGGCUCCUGCAAUGCCUGCCCGGACUCAAGUGGCUCAGUCUGUGCGAGGUCGUGGAGGAGUUCGAGAAGCUCAUGAUCAAACAGAUCGAUCUCCGUUUCGAGGCCAGGAACAUCGAGCGCUUCCAGGAAAACUUCCGCAAUGUGGACCAUGUCAAGUUCCCGACCCCUUUACGACCAUUCGUCACCAGGGCCAUUUUAGUGGAAACGUUUGAGGAGAGCGUGCCCGUAUCCAACUUCCUGAGCCCCGAGAUUCCUCUGGAGGUGAAGCAGAAAAUAGCCCGGAUGGGGAUGGAGACCAUGCUGAAGAUGGUGUUUGUGGACAACUUUGUCCACGGAGAUCUCCACCCCGGGAACAUUCUGGUCCACUGUUGGGGACCUCUUUCCGGCUCCUCCGACGGUGCCGGUGCAUCGGGGGAGGCCCCCGGUAAGACCACCCUCACCGACCUGUGGGACACGGUGGUGGUCAGCUUCAGGCCGGACAGGUGUCCUCUCCAGUUGGUGCUGUUGGACGCCGGCAUCGUGACCCAGCUCAGCGACUACGAUCUCGCCAACCUCCGGGCCGUGUUCACGGCUGUGGUGCUGCAUCAGGGCGACCGAGUGGCGGAGCUGCUGCUGAACCACGCCCGCGCCAACGAGUGCCGCGACGUGCCGCAGUUCAAGAAGGAGAUGUCCCAGCUGGUGGACCGCGCCCUCGGCAACACCCUCGCUCUGGGGAAGUUCCGAGUGGGUGAAUUGCUCUCCAAAGUCUUUGGUCUACUCAUCAAACACAAGGUGAAGCUGGAGAGUAAUUUUGCCUCCAUCGUGUUCGCCAUCAUGGUGCUGGAGGGUCUCGGCAGGUCACUGGAUCCUCAGCUGGACAUCCUGGAUUUGGUCAAACCGCUGUUGCUGAAGAACGGCGCUUCACUGCUCUGACAGACGCGUACACACACACACACACACACACAGACAGAGCUCAAGCACAGUGAACCACACACACACACACACCUGAAGUACACAGUACUAAGCUGUAUAUACUGUAUACACACAGUGAAGUCCACUGGACUUGUGUAUCCUCCUAAUGCGAAGAUGAUGAUGAUGACGGGUUGUCUUCAUGCGCACGAGAUUCCACUGGGGGUCACAUGGUCACCGUCUCAUCACACUACAUUUUCGCAGUGAGCGACCUCAUUCAGUUUCACACUUUCAUCACUGCUACUCGUGAGUUUUAUUUAUCUAAUUUUUAGCAGUAACAUUUUAACCACUUAAAAAAUAGGCAUUUCUAACCGACACUAAUGAACGAGCGACUGCGGGCUUUACUUUUUUUGAUCCAGUUCUAAUGGCCUCAUUAGCAGACACACACAGGUUGCAUCAGAGAGCAUUUGUAGUGAUAUAAAAGAACAUACUUGAUGCUCUUGAGGCAUUUGUUUGACUUUUUAAUGACCAAUAUUGAUUCAGGAUGUCUUUUAUCACCCCAUCUUUUAUUGGAUCUGAGAUGUUGUCUAAUAGGCCGUAUUUGCUCGAGUGUGUCUCACAAUGUACUGUGACAUUGACCAUGUGAAGUCUAAUUGAACUCGCAACUGACCCAAUGUCUUUUAACCUUCCAUUAAAAUAGUGGAAACACGUGGCAUAUUUUCAAAAA